AUGGAAAGAAAUCUGAUUGCGCUCAAAAAAUUAAUGGCUAGAGGGAAAAUGAAUAAGAUAGAAGUGAGUUUAAAAGGGAAAGGACAUAUUAAUGAUCAUAAAGAGGUGACAAAACAUCAGAGCAAUAUUAAGGAGAUUCUUCUCAAUUCUAACGCAACGCCGAUUCGAUGUAGAGGCGGCAUCGGUUACGCCUGCUGUUUCUGCACAGAACAGUUCCCUAUACCCGCUGAUCUCAAGAAGCACACACAUGAAGAACAUUCAGACGAAGAAAAAGCCAAGUUUAUGAAAGACAAAGACAUGCACGGGUUCAUCGUGAAACUUGACGUAACAGGAAUGAGGUGCAAACUGUGUGAUCAGGAAAUUAAGGAAUUGGAAAAGAUGAUUGAUCAUCUAGGAAAUGUUCACGGAAAGAAAGUUUAUACGGAUCUGAAGAACCAUAUACUGCCGUUCCACUUUCCUAGCGAGAUCCUAGAAUGCAUAAUAUGCUGUAACGUUUUCAACACUUUCAAAGCACUACAGGAGCACAUGAACUUGCAUUACAGGAACUUUAUAUGCAAUUCGUGCAACGCUGGUUUUGUCAACAAAAAUAUUCUACUGCGCCACGGAGAUGCGCAUAAAACAGGCACAUUUCCAUGCGAUGUUUGCGAAAAAACAUUCGAUACGGCUCGCAAAAGACAGCUGCACAGUCGAGCAAAACAUCCAGGUGAAAUAUUGCCACACAAGUGCGGGUACUGUGAUGAAAGAUUUCCCGAAGUCCGCAAGAAAUAUGAGCAUCUGUCGAAAGAACACGGUAUAAAGAAUCCCAGCAUCAAAUGCAAAGCUUGCGGCAAGGUUUUCGAUAAGAAACAGUCUUGGAGAAUGCACACAACGAGGGUCCAUCUCAUGGAGAGAAACCAUAAAUGCACGGAAUGCGUAAUGAAAUUCUACACACGCCGUGAAUUGGACAACCACAUGGUCAAACACACUGGAACAAGGAACUUCAAGUGCGACGUCUGUUCGAAACAAUACGGAAGGUACAAGACGCUGAGGGAACACUUCAAAAGAGCUCACUCUUAA